AGCAACGAUCUUACGCUAUUGUCUAUCGUACGACAAAACGCGGCCCGCGAGAGCCAGACCUCUUCGGGACGGAUGGCGAACCCGAACGGGGCGGGGUUAAGGCGUGGAGAUCGUCGCUUUGGUCUGACGUUUCGUUGGAACGAGGACGCGCCGCGCAGUCAGUGCGAAUAUCCCUGCCGUGCUAAGCCGGCAGUACAUCGCCGACUUUCGAAGUGUGAGGGUCGCUGUCGUUCCGAGUCGUAGAGACGAGCCGGCUAACAAGCUUUAACUUGAGAGGUUGCUUGACGUCGGUGGCCAAUCGCGUUCCUCCGUUGUGCGAAUAUAAUUAACGGCAAAUAAUACGUGACAGAGAUGCAGAUUUCUUUGCCGACGAUUUCGCGGUAUUGAGUGAAACUUCCUCGAGCUUUUCACGGAAAAAUUGUAAUCGUCCCAAAAUAACGUAUUUCCAACGUCGCAUCGUUACGCGGAAGUGAGAGGGGAUCGGUUCUGUACUCAGCGAAGCAGUGCAGGUUACAGUUCCGUCCGUUGUCUGUGUUUGCAACUCGGCGCGGUGUGUUUAACGACAAAUAGCGGACGAGUAAGCGGCGAUACGUGCAUAGAAACCGAUGUGUAUCCAGCGUAUCCGUCGUCGUUAGGCAUACAUCAAGGUGGUCACGUCCCUUCUUCUUCCCCGAGUGCACAACGGCGAAAAAGAAUAAAUAAAGCGGCCGGUCUCCCUUUACGCGUGCACGGGGCGUGGGAAGGACCGAGAUUAAAUCUUGCCGACUGUCUUACCAAUUAGACGCGAAGCGGUAAGUAGUUGAACCAACCGCCCGGCUCUGUGUGUACACAAAUUAUAACCCCGUAUCAACACCGCGUGUCCGAAAAGGAUAAGAAAAAUAAAAGGAUAUCCCGUACGACCUGUCUAAUGCCGACCGGCCAUCUACGUGGGUGAAAUUCUGAAAAUGUAAACUUCCGAGGGAAUAUAAUAAAAUUCUCGAUACUCUGUGUUUGCGCGUUGGAUAGUGAAGGUGUGCGAUCGAAAGGGAGAGAAAGAGAGAGAGAUACAGUGCCUGCAUCGAUCGAGCCUCGUUAAAGAUGCGGGAAACGUCGUCCCACGUGUUAAUCGCGAUCUGCAUCACCGUCUCAGCCUGGACAUCAUGGGCCUUGGCUGAAGAGAGCAGGGACGUAGUGCUGAUGGACUAUUGUUCGGUUAACAACUUUGAGGGACUCCCGGUGGGACUUGGAUUUACGAAGGAAGUCGUGCACGUCGAAUAUGCGAAACUUGGAGCCUUCAAAGCCAUACACUGCUGCCUAAGAGGGUACAGGAGCAUAGAAUGGUACAAAGGCAACAUACCUUACCCCUGGAAAGGUGACGAUAGUCACUUCAUCCUCUACCCGGAGAGCAAGAACCAGACCAUAUACACCAAGAAUCUCCGACAAUCGGAUGCGGGAAGUUAUUCCUGCCUGGCACUAAACGACACUACCACCCUCAAUGAGGAAAUCGCUCUCAAAGUCAUAGACGAGGAUACCCCCUACACCGGGGAACCUUUGAUCACUCAUCAACCCAGGACUCAGUUCGCUCCGCUCGGCGUUCCUACACGGCUAUUUUGUGAGGCCUACGUUGGACAUACCCAUCUUCCCGACGUCAGGAACUCCGUUCUGUGGUCCAGGAGCUUCUGCAAUGUGACGAUACCAACUGACGGGAGAAUUUACCAGCACAAAAUUACCAGAGAAAAUAACCAAAUCGUUGGAUCGUAUUUGGUGAUCAAGGAUGUGAGAGCCGAAGAUUAUGGGGAGUACAAAUGCGAAGUUAGCAACAGUAUCGACCAGCUUAUAGUCAUAACGGCAUCUGUAUUACCGGAAGAAGUGCCAAUACGCGGGAUGCAGGUUGGAUCUUGGCGCAAAGUUGUGCUCCUUGUUGCUCUGGUCAUGAUCUGCACUCUUUCCCUGGGAGCUUUCUACAUCCGAUGCUGGUUACCGGUCACCCUGUUUUUCCGCGAUAGGUUCUCACCGCUAGAAGAAAAUGAUGGCAAGGACUGCGACGCGCUUGUCUGUUAUCACGAAAUGGACGCGAGUCUGGCCAUUGGAGUAAUAAUACCAACUUUGGAGUCAAGAUAUUGUUACAAAUGUGCGUCUCUGGAGCUGUCGCAAAUUACCCGGAAUUGGUCCCUCGAGAUCGGUCCCAAAAGCAAGACAGCGAGGCGUGUGAUCGUCAUCGUGAGUCCCGCUGCGGUGCAGGGAAGCACCUGGAACGACGCGACCCUACGAACCGUCUUCUGCCAGCUGGCUUCAUUGCACCUGCCACUGAACCGAGUAAUCGUCGUUGCGCUGAAAGAUCUGCCGAUCUCGCUGACGGCACCGAAACUCGCGUCUUCGCGUCACGUGUACGAGGAAGGGGCCGGCAUCGGACGGGUGAAAACCCUGAGAUGGUGCGACAAAGACGAGACAACGGGCUUCGUCAAGUUCUGGUGCAGGUUGCGCCUCUGCCUGCCGCCCAUUCGCCCCGGCGCUCGGAAGACUCAGCAAUCCGUCGCGCUGAUCGUUCAAAUGAAGAGCGGUGCCCAGACAACUACCAGAUCUCGCGAGAGCCUCGAGGUGCUUGUAUGAUACAUCAGAACGUCGUGUUGGCAUCAGGGAGAUUAUGGCAAGGCUGAAUUGACGACUUCACGGAUCGCUAGUAAGGAGUACAACCGAGCUAAGAAGUAACUCCACUUGAUUCGGAAUGCUCACGUGAGGGUUGCAGCGCUACCAUAAUUUUCGAUAUUGCUAUUAUAUGUAGUAAUUAUUUCUUCAUCGGACUGUUUAUAAUUUAUGUGACGUAACAGGAGUAGAAUAUUCUUACGGAUUAUGCUAACGGUGUCGCAAUAAGAGGACGGAUGAUUGUGGUUGUCGAGUUAAGUGUGGCCAGUUUUCUGGUGCUUCUGAAUAGGCGCAUAACCUGGAUUUAACUCGGUUGUUACGUAUCAGAAGAGACUUCGGCAGACCGGCAAAUUGCCACACUAAUAAGGGUGAAUAAAAAUAAUGGAAUUCGAGGUGUACGUUCAUACACCCUCUCAUCAGCGCAAACCUCUGUAAACGAAUCUUCACUAUUUUUUCAUACAAAUAUUUUGCAAGUAUAGUGAACAUAUUAUAUACGUGUACACUUUAUAGAUAUUUAGAUAUUAUAAACAGACUCUCAUUACAAGAGACUCAUCAAGGCUUCCAUGGAAAAAAAAUUCCUAAAAUUGAAAAUAACGUAAGAACUGAAAAAAAAACACUUCCACGUUUUGUUACAGUAAGAAAUUCACUCGCGCAGCAGAAUUUUAGAACGACUUGAAUACUCUUUCGAUGGUCUGAAAGUUCGUAAAGUGUAUUCCUUGCAUCGUAAUUACUUCGUGAACGCUUUUAUUUCGUUAAUUUUUUUGAUCUUUUUUACUUUUCUACUUUUCAUGACCUUUGGUGAUAUAAUAAAAGUAUUGGUUUCGGUCAAAAAUCACUUUUUCUAAUUUCGACAAAUCUUUACGAGUUCGAAAUUCUAAAAUCCGAAAAUUAGAAUUUUAGAAAAUGUCUGACAAACUCCUGCGAUGAUCUCGGAAACAGCUCGAUGAAAAAAAUCUAAAACUUACAAACUUUUACAACGAAACGAUGGGCAUGAAAAAUUGCCAUGUCCCAUUUAAUUUGAACUUCCAGUUCUACCGGGAAUAAAAUUAUUUUCAAUGUUUUACCGGCGAACAUAUACUUUUUCUAAAUAAAAGAUUGUUUUGCCCAGUUUAUAUAUUUAUAUUUAAAAAAGUCUAAAUGUUUUGUUUUUCAGAAUUUUUUUUGUACCGAUUUUUCCUUUAAAACUUUUUCAUUUGACUGCCAAGUUCUAUCAGUUUCAGAUUUUUCACCUGGCCGUUUUCCAGAUGAUCGUGGAAGUUUGUCAGAUAGAUUAACGGACUCUUCCCGUUUCAUGGUGAUGAAAAGCAUCGCGAAACAACUGCUUUCAGUCUAGAUUUUUCUUCCUAAUUUUCGGUAAAAACCUACGUAAUUUGUUUACUGUGUGUGUACAUACUAUACCGAAACCCAUAGCGUAUGGUUUUCUGUGUAUUUAUUUAGUUUUUAUUAUUUAUAUUAUAAUACAAGCGUCACAUCGACCGUGAUAUGUAUAAAUAUAUAUCGUAGGACAGAUUAUGCGCUACUCUGUGGAUGAGUGAAUCUUUGAUAUGAGAAAAUUUUUUACAGCCACUGUCGAAUAGCAACAAGUUCAUCUUUUAUUCUCAAACUAAUCCUUGGGGACUCGAACUAGAAGUUUAAUUUUUAUGCUAAAAUUAAUCUCUUUUGAGGCAUAUUUUUUAUCUAUUAAUCAAGCGUCGUCGACCAUUGAACUAUCGGAAACGAACCUCAGAUUAAAGAUCUAUUCUAUCCGACAGUUAAGACAAUAAAUAUCACAGUAGCGUACUCGAAUCUCAGAUAUAUCGUAUACUUAUGUAUCGUCGCAUGUGGUAGUCUCUUUACCAUCAGUAUUAUAAAUUGUAAUAUGUAACAGCGUGUUUUGACUGAUAAAAAAUUUGCUCAGCAUGUAUAACGCGCAUAUUUUAUGACAAAUAUUUGCAAGUAAAGUACAUCUUGAAAAAAACAGAAAUAUAUGUUAUAGACAAAAAACGCGAGUGUAGUUUUAGUAGUUUGUCCGAAGUGAUGGUGUAAGUCGAGGUACAAGUAUGUGCGUAUAGGUAUGUAUGUGUGUAUGUAUAGAAGACGGUUCAAAAGAAGAGAAUGCAAGUACGAUUGUAUUAUUAUCAAACUAGGAUAUCAUUGAACAAUAUGAAAGCAUUUUCUGAAACUACUAGCGUUUCUCUCAAACCCGAUUCAACGAUCAGUAUUCACAAGCUCGAAUGUCUCGCAGUUGACGUGAUACGUGCCUCCAACGUGCAGGAUUCGAGAGUUAAUCACACGUGGCUUGAUGAUAUGCGCAGUGUUUGUAGCCUUUAUUGAUACAAAUAAUUUGUUCUAUUUUUCUACCUAAUUAAUUACAAAAUCGUGUACUUAAGUCGGAUGGAGUUUAUCGUAUUCCGUCCGUCUGUAGCACCAUAUAUUAAUUAUUAUGUAAAUUACAUGCGCUACGCGUGUGCAAGGGCAAAUAUGCACGAAUGCACACUGUAUUAUACAUUAGGGUGCUUCGUUUGAUACGACUACUUUUUUUCACUCCAUAGACGAAAUAUCACUCUGAACAUAUAAAAAAAAAUUCCCACCAAAGCCUAGCUCUUAAUUUUAAUUUUAAGUACUUGCUAAAUGAAUUUGAAAUUUUCCCAUUUAAUUAACACGUAGAAAUAAUUUUUUUUUGUCAAUUAUCUAUAGCAUUGCGAGUUUUCAUACUAUUUAAUUGACCAUGGCCGCAAGUUUUAGAGUUUUAUACGAUGUACAUGGAAGAAUUGAAAGUUUUGAGUUCGAUUCCCCGAUGCCUCACUUUUUUUUUUUAAUUGAUUAAUCACAAUAAAUAGCUAGAUUGGAAAAAUCUUAUCGAGAAUAUUAAAAUCAUUAAAUGUUAAUGUAAAUAAUACAAAAAAGUGGUCAAUAAAACAGUUGGAGGACAAACCUAUGUUCUCUGGUUGAGAGUAGCAGUAAUUGGCGAAGACCUCAGAAUCGUCGAGCGAAGACAUUUGAAGAUUAAGAUACAUUACAAUCACGUCUAUUUUAUUACAUUUAUAACAAUUUGGGUAUAAAAAUUGUCAAAUAUGCGGAUAAAAUAGUGAUAUUUAUAGUUUUCUUAUGAUUAUUUAAUUUUAUAUUGGAAACUAUCAGUUCUACAGUUUCAGCUGAUGAAAUUUUUUUGUAGGAAAUUAAAUUCUCUACAAAAAAGGUUCUCUAUAAUUUUGCUGUAAAGUUAGUAGUUUAGGAGAAAAAUGAAAAAAACCAUAAUUUUUUAGCAAAAAUCAACUUUACAAUUUUUUACUGGCGAGAUACUUCAUAAAUUCUAAAUUAGCUCUAGGAACUUUUAAAGAGGAAGGAUCCCUCUAAAACUUCCGGCCAUGGUCAAUUAAAUAGUAUGAAAACUCGCAAUGCUAUAGAUAA